GCAGAUUUAAAACUCAUCUGUCACUUCGAGGUUACAUUGCUCGUGUUCGUUAUUGUGUUUAAAAUCGGGGGUGCCUCAGGAAUUCAAAGAAGUUACUAAAUAGAAUAAAUAAAUAGCUAAAUGAAAAAUUAAUGUUUGUAAGAUGGGUAUAUCAAACACGACGUAAAAUAUUAUCACCUUUUCAUUCAUUCAGAAUGGUGGAGGACAAAAACUACGAAUUGGCAAGCAGAGUUGAAUGCGAUGGGUAUCUUGGUACCCUUAAAUAUGUUGGACCAGUUGGUGAAACAAAGGGCCAGUGGCUAGGGGUUGAUUGGGAUGAUCCAGCUCGAGGAAAGCACAAUGGAACUUACGUAGGAGUCCAGUACUUUACAACUUGUUCUACGCUCUACAGGCACCCAAAAUCCGGCUCAUUUAUUCGACCUGGCAAAGCAAAGUUUGGCGUAUCUUGUCCACAUGCAAUUAGAUCUCGUUAUGGUUUGAUAGAUGAUGAUCUAGCAGGCAUAGAUAAAGAUAGCUUGACCAGUUUGCAGAAAGAAAUAAAUGCCCCAUUUCUUGAGAUGGUGGGAUUUUCCAAAGUGAACAAAAGACAGAGUAAAUUUGAUCAGCUGCAAAAUGUAUGGCUCCGCGAUCAAUCUGUUAACGAUGCUGGAAAGCCAGGCGAACUAGAAAUGUUAUGUCCAAUGUUGAAUGAGAUAGACAUUUCUAAAAAUUUGAUUAAUUCGUGGGAAAUUAUUUCCGACAUUUGUAUUCAACUCCAUCGUCUCAUUAAGCUCAAUGUCAGUGAGAAUAAGUUACCAGUAGACGUCGACCUGAGUCCAUUUAAAGAGUCGUUCAGCAAAGUAAACCAGCUAACAAUGGCAAAAAUGAAAUAUAAUUGGGAGGAUGUGCAAAAGUGCAUUGAAAUGUUUCCAGCAAUUAGAGAACUUUCCAUUUCUUUUAACGCUGUAAACACCCUAGAAAAACCACGAGAUUGUUCAAAUAUGAUGAAAAUUACCGCGCUGACUCUGGAGGGGAAUCUAAUUGACAGUUGGAAUGAAGUAUUGAAAUUAGGCUCACUUCCUUGUCUUGAAUGCCUGAACCUCAACGACAAUAGGAUAGGAGCUAUUAGAUUUCCGACUGAUGAGUCGACCGCUAAGACCAGUUUAUUUACUGGCCUCAGACAGCUGCACAUGUCAGCCAAUAAUAUAUCCGAGUGGCGUUCCAUCAGUGAGUUGGAAAAACUUAUGAAUCUAGAGGACUUGAAAUUUCGAGAUAAUCCGAUUUUGAAAAAUGGUAAUACGGCAACUAUGCGGCAACUAAUAAUCGGCAGAAUUUCAAGGCUCAAGUAUUUAAAUGCCAUUGAAAUUUUCAACGAAGAGAGGACUGGCGCAGAAUAUGAUUACCUCAAGUUAUUUGGGAAACAAUGGCUUGAUAUAGAAAGUAUCCCUGGAAAGAGGGCGGAAUUUGUUAUUGAACAUCCUCGAUACCCUUCUUUAAUUCAAAAAUACGGAGCUCCAGAUGUUCAUGUACCUAAAUUAAAUGCUGGGAUGGGGUCCAACGUGAUAAGUGUGGAGUUUAUGUGCCCAGAUGAUCCAAAUCAACCCCAAAAAGUAAGAAGAAAGUUACUGAAAGAUAUGGAGGUUCAGAAAGUCGUAGGACUUGUACAACGACUUUUCAAAACUAACGGAAAGAUUCCAACUUUAUCCUUUGUACAGCACAAGUUGAAUGGCGUCGAAAUAAAUUUGGAUAAGCCAUUACAAUAUCUGAGCUAUUACUCGAUACAAGAUGGUGACCAGAUUCUCGUCAGAUGGUGACACAACUGAAUUAUAUAUAUAUAUGUAUAUCUACGUUAUACAUAUGUAUGUAUAUACCAUAGAUUUACCUGAAGGGUACUUUAUAUGUAUAGUGUGAAAAUUCCAGCAUCUUAUCGCACUAAUUAAAUUAUCAAAUUCUCAUAACUGCGAUCUUAGAUGAACUUCUUUUAUAUGCUUUUCAUUAAUGGCUUUAACUUGAUUGUGAUUUAAUAAAAAUAUGUAGGGCAAAAUUGACAGCAAAUAAUGUGAGCAGCGUAAAACGUUGGAACAUCUGCUGCAUAUCAAAAUAAAUACGGCGAUUGAAAUUUUAUCCGCUAUUAUAUAAUUAUUUUAAAAGACUCGUCAUUAAGAACCUGUGUUAUUUUUAUUUUACAUAUUUAAUGCAAAUUGCGUAGACUCAAAUCACAUCGGCGCUACUAAAAUUGCUUCAAAAUAAUUGUGCAGUCUUUAAACUUAUUUGAUGAGCUCUACUUUCUGUACACUAAAACUGUAAAUUGUUAGAGAGAACACCUUUUUUAAAAUAAAAUACAUUACAAUGAAA